UCCUGCUGUGGCUAAAUACGAAUGGGGAAGUCAGAGUUUACACGGUGCAAUUGAAGGCAACGCGGGAGAGAGAGGGAGAGAGAGAGAUUCGUUCAUCAGCUCCUUUUCCGUCUCUGGUCACUCGCUCUGCCUCCUCUGCCGUGUCACCGAAGAUAAAAAGAAAAAAAAAGAAAAAAAAGAGGAAGGAAUAUGGUUUCGUGUGACGCUCCUCCCGUUUCAGCAGCGCUGCUGUAGCGGAUCUGUAGCACGAGCAGGAGGCUGGGGCUCGGUCCGGCGCAAACCCCCUUUAUACCUGAAACAACCGCCUUCCCCGUUACCGAGCAGGCUGCAGGAGCACUACCAGCACACCGGGACACAUAAAUGGUGGAAGCCGUGGUGGAGUUUGAUUAUGAGGCUCAGCAGGACGAUGAGUUGAGCCUGACGGCGGGUGACAUCAUCGUGAACAUACGGCGAGAUGAAGGAGGAUGGUGGGAGGGCGAGCUGGGUGGACGCAGGGGGCUGUUCCCCGAUAACUUUGUCAGGGAGAUAAAGAAGGAGGGGAAGAGGGAUGGAGGACAGGCAAGCACAAUCAGACCUGACCUCGCCAACGGCAGUGCUAGCCCCGUGCUGGACUCCACCGUACGACCAGGCAGGAAAGGAGAGCAGAUCCGUAAACGAAGAUGUAAGGCUGCGUUUAGCUACGUUCCUCAACACGAAGAUGAGCUGGAGCUGAAAAUAGGAGAUGUGAUUGAGAUCAUAGCAGAGGUAGAGGAGGGCUGGUGGGAGGGAGUUCUUAAUGGGAAGACUGGAAUGUUUCCCUCCAACUUCACCAAAGAGAUCCUCACUGAUUCAGAGACGCCCUCUUUGGACUCGCAGGAGGAGAACCGCAGUGGACGCACAAAUAAGGACAGCCCAAGCAGUGAAAGCGACGGUGGGGACAGUCGGUCAGAAACAGGGUCAGAAAUCCCUCCCAAGAAGGGUCAGCUCAGAGGAUUUGGCUUUGGUAAUAUCUUUAAAGACCAGCCCAUCAAGCUCAGGCCUCGCUCAAUGGACGUGGACUCGGAGGUGGACAAGGCCAGCGACGGGAAAGCAGCGAGCGUUGCAGUUGAAAGCAUGAAGACUGAGCCUGACAGCAAAAGCAAAGGGCGGGAGCAGUGUAAAGUCCUCUUUCCAUACGAAGCACAAAAUGAAGAUGAGCUGACGAUCAAAGACGGGGACAUCAUAAAUAUCAUCACUAAGGAUUGUGCCGAUGCAGGCUGGUGGAUGGGGGAGAUCGGGGGAAGGCAAGGUGUCUUCCCAGACAACUUUGUCAAGCUGCUAGAAGUUGAGAAAGAGAGACCAAAGAAACCGCCUCCUCCAAGUGCACCGUCGGCAAAACACACCACAGAGAAAAAGUCAGAGGUCAGGAAGGCUCCUCCUGAGCGGCCUGAACAUCUUCCCCAGAGAGACCAGGAUCGAGGUGAAGAGGUGAAACUCGGAGACCUCUCUAAGCCCACCCUCCCAUCUCUCCUUCCCAAAAAACCCCUCCUUCCAAAGUCAAGCGCCUCCUCUUCCUCCCAACCCCCGCGGCGUCCCGAGAGACCGCCCACACUAGCGUGUGAUAGCCCCAAAUCUGAGGGCGGGGCUUCGACACCAGAUUCUGCCCCUGACAGGUCACGUGACACCGAUAUGGAUCUGGACGCAAUUGUCUCUUCUACAGAGAAGCUGAGUCAUCCAACGGCAUCGCGACCACGAGUCACGGACCGCCGACCCCGCUCACAGAUCAUCACACCAUCUUCUCUGUCCUGCACUGACCUGGACUCACCGAUAGUGGAGGUCAGGAAGGACAAGGAGCGAGUGAAGGACAAUCAUGAUUCUGUCUCCACCAGAUCUGUAGAUGCUUCCCUGAGGAAAGGAGUACCCACCAUCUCUGCUCCUGACAGUAAAGUACCACUGCCCGCCAAGCCCUCUAUCCUGAACCCGCCAAACUCCAGCCAUCGAUCCGCCUCUCCGUCUUCCUCCUCGGGUCUGAGUCCCUCACCCGAGCUCCGGCACUCACCACAAACACCCCUAUCUCUGGAGGAACUCAGGAACCAGCUGAGAGACCUGAGGGCCUCCAUAGACCUGCUGAAGAGCCAACAUAGGCAGGAGAUGAAGCAGCUGGCCACUGCACUAGAUGAGGAGAGGACGAUUCGUAUUAAUUUACAGAUGGAGGUAGAACACAUUAAGAAGAGCCUUUCAAAAUGAAGACUAAAGCAUCCUUAUUGUCGCAUUCUUAUCACCACAUUGGAGGCCAUCCUUUGAAGACAUUCUCACUGCUGGUCUGAGACUCUUCAGCCAAAAGAAGUUUGUGCCAAAUGAUCAUCACAAUCAGCAACUGUUCAGCACCAUGGAGUCAGCCACCUUCUCUCCCCGACGCCGCCUUAUCCUGUGUUUACUUCUUUAUUUUUCUUCUAAAGAGGCUUCUCUGUUCAGUUUACUGCUAUUUUGUUGGAGCUUGCUGUACCACCGGUACUGACUGACUGCGCUGCAGUCUGUCGUUGCAUGUUGCCACGGUUACAGAACAAUGACACAGAGCCGGGGCUGCCGUGGCAACCUCACUGGUACUUCAUGUUUCUGUGUGAAAGAAACUUUGACCUCUGUAGCCCGGUCGGUUCAGACGACCCCUGUGCUGUUCUGCGUCCACUCUGCGGCCUUCGCCUCUUAUCUGUGUGUGUGUGUAUGUUUGUGCACUUGUUUUCCUUCCAUGUGAGGACUGUAGGCGUACAUACUGAAAAUGGGGACACUUUUGCAAAUGUAAAUUAGCCGCAUUUGCCCUGCAUUAACUUUCCUGAGAUGCACUUACCAGGUUUUCAGUGGGUAAACAAAGAGAUUCAGGGAGUCAGUCGGGGUCACAAAAAGAAAAGUGAGCUAUUUCUGUGAGAAGUGAUGUCACUAGUUCAAGACAGCCCUUGACUGGAAACAGAUAAAUUAUCUAAUGACUUGCAAAGUUUUUUUUCAUUUAUUAAAAUUAUUACGUGCCAGCGAUACAAUUUCCCAGGACAACAUUCAGGUGUGGCAAACCACCUUGAGCAUCAGGUGAAAUAGGGCAUUUUGCAGCUACCAGUUUUUAAAAUGGGCCACACUUGUUUUUCUUAAUUUCUUCAUUCACAUCUUUAAAGCAUCACCAGUUGCAGAACAAAUCCCAAAUCAGGGGUGCCAACAGUGAUGUCCCUACAGCUAGUUCUCUACCAAGUUUCAACUGGGCUGGGUAACCAUGAGACUUUAGUUCCCUUGAACGUUAGUAGUGUUUUUGGUGGAAAUGCAGCUAUUGUUGCAUUUACAGGAUCUUUACUUCUGUAAGGAUCAUAUAAAGAAGAUAUAUAUCUACUUGUACAUCUUUGCAUGAUUUACUUAAACUGUUUUUAGUCUUGUUCUAGUCAUGGCCUCUUUUCCAGUGAGCCCAUUCUGCUAUGACUGGUCAGCCUCCAGAAGCUGCUAGGGAGCCUGAGACCGUUUUCCUUUUUCUUUGUUUGUUUGGUUUCUCUAAAACGGUUGGUAGCAUUGUAAAUGGUGAAUAAAACACACCAUCAUAACAAUAUCUAAAUAACAGUAAACCACACGUGUGCCCUUAAAGGUUAUCAUUUGAAUUAAGAAAUAAAUUACGACAAAAAUUAAUGCUCAGGUCAUCUAUGGUAGACUUCAGGUGGGUAAAUCUGAUGCCUCUGCCAUUCUCAGCAGCAUUCUCCUUUAACCACAGAUGUGACGUCUGUGUUUUCAAUCUGCAGUUGAACCUGGAAGCACAUCAGGAUACUGAAAAGCUUAAUCAAAGUAGCUGGCACGAUAAGUGCUGAUACUGUAGGUGCUAUUUACAGGAGUUUCUUGAUUUUUUGGGGGAAACAUAUAAGCAGAUGUCAGCACCAGGUUAGCUUAACUAAGCAUAAACACUAGAAUUUAGAGGUUAUGGAAGCAUAGUAAAAUUACAAACACUGAAAACUUCCAGAAAUUACAUCUGUUUUAGCACAUACAUAAACAACGUAUGCCUAAUUAGCUGUUAAUAUGCCUUAUUUGCUAUGCACCAUUUAUUUUAUCCACAACUAUCUAUAAUUUCCAUGCCAUCAAACAUCAUUUCGAAAUCAAUGCCAUAUGUGUUUUCACAAAAUCGUGAAAUAGUUUUUACACAACUAUUAUAAAUACUGUCAUCCUUCCUGUGGACAGCUGUUCACACACUUUUGGUGCCAGACUGAAGAAUAUUGGAAAAGAUGAUGGCAUAGUGUAGCAAAUUUUCUGAUGUCCUCUUUACAGUGUGUGAAUGUGUGUGUGAAUAGGUGGAUGACUGGAUAUGUAAAGCGCUAUGGUGUCCUUAGGGACUAGUAAAGCCCUACAUAAAUACAGGCCAUUUACCAUUUACAUCUCUAGCUUGUUGAAAAACUGAAAUGGGCUGACUUUGCUUAUGAUCAAAAACUAGCAAGUAAGCAACUUUUUCAAACUGUGUUUUUGUUACGAAUCAGUCCCACUAUAUGAUAAAUUAUCAUCCUGAAGAGUUGCGGCAUUUGUUAUCUUUGGAAAGAGGCCAGCUUACCCCUUCAUUUCCAGUUUUUAUGUUAAUAGGCUAACUAUCUUCUGCCUCCAGCUUUAUUUUUACUGUACAGGCAUGACAGCGGAAUGAAUCUUUCCAUCUUGCACUCAUUCAAAAUGCAACAAAAGCACAUUAACCCCAGAUGGAAAAUUAUUCCUGCAGUGUUUGGCUGCAAAUUGCAUUUUUAUCUGAAGAGAAAAAACACACUGAUCAACUUAUUGUGAUUUCUUUUCCAGGAUGGUUGAGCAUGCAUCAAGACACAUAGAGACACAUCUGUGUGACAUUUAUCAAGUUAAACUCAAUGCCUUCUCUACGUAGACCUUACUAUUUAAUCUUUUUUUUCUUGUUCAGUUUCACUCACAUCUCCAGAAAGCUGACAAAACUGUUGCGCCGUUGGCAUCUCACUCCUAAAAACCAAACUGAGAGCCACUUGCUUCUCGUGUUUGUGGUGCUCUUUUGGCAGCAGGUUAAGAGUAACUUUAAAGACAGAGUUUGAGGAAUGUAGACAAUGAAAGGUCCUCACAUGUGUGUGCAUGUGUAUGUAUGUGUGAUAUAGCAUGUACGGCUGUUUGCCUCCUUUCCUUUUAUGUGCACAGAAUCUAUGGCAACCCGUCACUGUGGCCUUCAUGUUUUUGAUUCCAAAUCUUUAUUUCUUUUUUCUUUCUUUCUGUCUUUCGUAUGACAAAGAGAAAACUGCUACAACUGAGGCUACAAGUUGUUUUCUUGACUUGGUCCUUUCUCUCCAGGAUAGUGAUAAAUAUAUAUACUUUUAUAUUUCAGUGUAAUAAAGAUGCUAUUAUGUACUGUGUGUGCA